AUGUCGUCUGACGCCGCUCAACGCCUGGCCUUUGUCCAGUCCCACUUGCAGGUCGCUGCCUGUGCCAACAAGGAGGAGCCCAAGAAGAAGACCCCUCAGGAGUCAAUGUCGGAGGAGAGAGAAAAGGCGACGUUCGAUGUCAGAGAAUUGACCUACUUCCUCGACGGCGGUGAGAAGUUCACCAAGAUCAGAGAAAAGUUCAUGAUGGAGCUCGAGCGCGAUCCUACCUUCCGCAUGUACGACAUGUACGAUGUCACCAAGGACCAGAUCCGUGAGCGCACCAUGGAGAAGUUCCGCACAAUCGUCCACUACGUCUCUGCAGAGCCCCUCCCAAUCUUCACCAUGCGCAUGCAGACCAUCUCCCUCAUCGACCCCGGCUUCUGGACCCGCUUCGGUGUCCACUACGGUCUCUUCUUUGGCGCCCUUCGCGGUUCCGCCACCUCGUCCCAGUUCUCUCACUGGGUCUCCAAGGGUGCCCUUGCCCUCAACGGCAUGGUCGGAUGCUUCGCCAUGACCGAGUUGGGUCACGGUUCCAACGUCGCCGGACUCGAGACCACCGCCACCUUUGACGAGGCCUCCGAUCAAUUCAUCAUCCACACCCCCACCAUCACCGCUACCAAGUGGUGGAUCGGAGGUGCCGCCCACACCGCCACCCACACCGUCGUCUUUGCCCAGCUCAUCGUCCGUGGCAAGCGUUACGGAACAAAGUCCUUCAUCGUCCAGCUCCGUGACACCCGCACCUACGUCCUCAUGCCCGGUAUCAACAUUGGAGACAUUGGAAAGAAGAUGGGUCGUGACGGUAUUGAUAACGGCUGGAUUCAGUUCACCAAUGUCCGUAUUCCCCGUACCAACAUGCUUAUGAAGCAUACCAAGGUUUCCCGUGCUGGUGAGGUCAAGGAACCUCCCAUGGCUCAGUUGACUUACGGUGCUUUGAUCCAGGGUCGUGUUGCCAUGGUUGUUGACUCGGGUAACAUUGCCAAGAAGGCUGUCACCAUUGCCGGUCGUUAUGCUGCCGUCCGUCGUCAGUUCCAGUCCAGCCCCCAUGAUGUCCAGGAGACCAAGCUGAUCGACUAUGCUAUCCACCAGUACCGCCUCAUGCCCCUCUUGGCCCAGGCCUACGCCUUCCACUUCACUGGAGUUGAGACGCAGAAGCUCUACGACAACCUCAUGGACAAACUCGAGUCGACCAAGCCCGGCGAUGCCUCAAUGCAGGACACCCUCGAUACCCUCAAGGAGACCCACGCAACCUCGGCCGGUUUGAAGGCCUUCUGCACCUGGUCGACCUUGAACGCCAUCGAGGCCUGUCGCCAGACCUUGGGCGGUCACGGUUACUCUGCCUACACCGGCCUCGCCACCACCUACAACGAUUUCGCUGUCCACUGCACCUGGGAGGGAGACAACACCAUCUUGACCCUCCAGUCGGGCCGUUACCUCGUCUCCUGUUACCGUGAGGCCCUCGCUGGCAAGACCCAGCCCGAGGGAGUCUCGUACCUCAACCACCUCGACACCCUCCUCAACCUCGGCUGCGGUGCCAAGACCAACGACGACAUCCUCAACUUUGACAUCAUCCAGGAGGCCUGGGGAGUCGUCACUGCCAACGUUGUCAAGAAGGCCGGCGACGACUUUGACGCCUCGCUCAAGGCCGGCAUGAGCCCUGAGGCCGCCUACGAGGAGUGCUCCCAGGCCCGUCUUGCUGCCGCCAAGAUCCACUCUUUCGGAUACAUCUUCCGUCGUUUCGCCCAGGCUGUCAAGGCUGCCCCCGAGGGACUUCGCGCCAUCUUGACCAAGGUCUGCUUCUUGUACGGUUUGUACUCGAUCGAGCAGAACGCUGGAUUCUUCCUCCAGUACCGUUACUUCACUCCCUCGCAGAUGGACUUUGUUCGUUCUCAGGUCAACGUUUUCUGCCGUGAGGUCCGUCAGGAGUACAUUCCUUUGAUCGAUGCCUUCAACUACUCGGAUUACAUGAUCAACUCGCCCCUCGGUGUCUAUGACGGAAACGUCUACGAGAAGUACUUUGACCAGGUCAAGAGACAGAACCCUGUCGGCGGCGAGCACCCUUACCUCCCCUUGAUCCAGUCCCUCCUCCGUCGUGAUAUCGAGGAUGAUGAGCCCCUCGAGGACGAUGAGGAGGAUGAGGAGUAA